AUGUCGCUGGAGCCCCCCACCUACCUCGGCUCCCUUCAGAAUAAUAUUCGAGCUCGUCCAAUUCCAUGGGAGGGCGCUGUCCGAGCGGGCAACAUCACCGAUGACCACUUGAAGAAGAUCAAGGCGGUAGACAAGGUGCGCAAGGACCAGCGUCGCCAAACAAUAGAAGCAGAUCUUUCUGGAUACACAGAUCUGUUGGCCGGCGGAGCCCAAGGCAAGAGUGUCUUGGAUUCGGCAUCUCGAAGGACCGAUAUCGUCCAGUAUAUCCUGGUGCUGGCCUCGGACUUAAUCCAAGACGUGCCUUCUCUGGCGAACUCACUUAUCUCCCACCCUGAACCGUACAAGCCAUUCCUACCUUUCCUUCAGCACUCGACCAACGCCGAAGACCCCAUCCCUCUGCUCACCUCCACCUUCCUCACGGCUUUAGUUUCGCAUAGCCUGGUUGCCACAUCCAAACCUGCGACGCGCGACAAUGAAGCUCUCCCUCAGCUUUACGCUUAUCUCUCCACUCUGGCCAAGAGUCAAGACAGUGGGCUCCAAGACAUCGGCGUUCAAGGGUUCUCAGAGUUAUUGAGAACCUCCAAAUCCAGACAGAUCUUCUGGGCGCAACGAAAGGAGACUCUCAGUCCGUUGGCGGAGACUCUCCGAACUGCUGCGGGAACUAAAGAUAAUGCCAGCACCCUCGGAGGCAGUACUCGCAGCACCGAGCCCGGUCUUGCAGGCGGCGUUAGCCUGCAGCUCUUGUACCGAGUGUUGUUGGUGCUGUGGCAGCUCGCAUUCGAGGGUGCCGUUGUGGGUGACGAGCUACAGGAGGAAUAUGAAAUUAUCCAGCUUUACACCCAGCUCUUGCGUCUCUCGCCGAAGGAAAAGACCACACGUUUGCUCCUCGCAACUCUGUACAGCCUUUGCUCCGCAAACCGGACAACUUUGCUCCCCAUCGCCGUCUUCGUUCGACUCCCCGCCCUGCUCGCCAACCUGGCCGGCCGCCACCUCACCGACCCCGACUUGCUCGAGGAUCUCACUGCACUCUCGUCUAUGUUGGAGGAGUACACCAAGACCCAGACGACGUUUGACCAAUAUUCCGCCGAGGUUCAGUCGGGCCACCUGCGCUGGUCGCCUCCCCACAAGAACCUGACUUUCUGGAAGGAGAAUGCGCGACGGAUCGUUGAGGAGUCCAACGGCGCGCUGCCCAAGAAGCUCGUCGAGAUCCUCUCCAAGAGCUGGGACAACGAUAAGCAGGUGCUCGCUAUUGCCUGCAACGACGUACGGAACCUCGUGAAGGAGGUUCCAGAACGUCGCGGGCAAUUGGAGCGCCUGGGCCUGAAGGCACGAGUCAUGGAACUCAUGGCUGAUAAGGAUGAAGCGGUGCGAUGGGAGAGUCUGCACGCCGUGGGCGAGUGGCUCCGGUAUACCUUUGAAGGGUGA